AUGCGCAAGUUACCAUGCGUCUACUUCAUUACUUCGAGUGGGCGGGUAGUUCAGGACACAGCAGGUAUCAUCGCGCAGGGGCACAUGUCGCUAGAAGCGUUCUGGCUUUACUCUGCCCAAAGGGAGGCGAAAGUGGGCUUGUUUGAAAUGCAGGAUUCUAACCAAACUCGGCGUUGGAGCAGAAUGGAGCCAGAUUGCGAAGCCACAAUAUGGAGAGAUCGUAUGGCGUUGGCGUGGCGACUUACUGUUGAGUCGGGUGGCUGGUUCAAAUCGACCUACUGCCCAGUCGAGGGGCCCAAAGAGCCCGGCGACUAUUCCGGGGUGAUACAACGUCGCGCGUUUCAACCAACCGAAUCGGGCAAGUUAAAGAAGGUCGCGGCGGCAUGGCUUGAUCUGAAGUGCGUGGGCAUCAAGCAUUGA